UGACUAUUCAUCUAUAGGGAUUGAUCCUCUAAGGAAAAAACCAACACCAAAGACUUUCAAACUUCUACUUAUAUUUGCACUACUGAUAAUCGUCGGGAGACAACUAUUUGCAAUGAGUGACAAUACAACAAGUGGAGCUUUGAAUUUCAAGCUAUACAGCCACAACAUAAGAUAUGACAAUAAAAACAUUUCAGGUGGUGAAAAGCCUUGGAGUCAACGCAAACAGGAGAUUUAUAAAUCCAUCAAGUUUAAUGGAUUCAAUACAAAGACCGUUGUUACUUUACAAGAAGUUUUGAAGAAUCAAUUAGAUGACUUGUUGAAACUAUUGAAUGAAGAGAAAGAUUUAGGAUGGACAUAUUUUGGUGUUGGAAGAAAUGAUGGUAAAGAAGCUGGUGAAUAUUCGCCAAUCUUAUACAACAAGAAUGAUUUCAAAUUGAUUGACUCUUCAACAUUUUGGUUAAGUGAGACCCCUGAUGUUCCAUCUCGUGGUUGGGAUGCAGACCAAACUAGAAUUGUUUCUUGGGCAAGAUUAAAACCUGUUGAUAAGGGACAAUCCAUUAACGUUUUCAAUACACAUCUAGACCAUAUUGGUGUUGUUGCUAGAAAGGAAUCUGUCAAGUUGAUUGCUAAUAAGACAGUUUCGUAUAAUUCGGAUAUUAGUUUUAUCACUGGUGAUUUCAACAGUGAGCCAAAGGAAGAAGCAUAUCAAACAUUAUCAAAAGUUUUUAAAGACUCAAGACUAUAUAAUGAUAACAAGUAUGGGUUUGAUAAUACAUUCACUGGAUUUGAUACCAAAUCGAGACAUAAAGUUAUUGAUUAUGUUUUCUUUGAUCCAAGAUUGACAACUAUUCAAGGGUUCGCAGUUCUAGAUAAUCAUUUCGAUGGUAUUUACUCAAGUGACCAUAGACCUUUACUUGUUGAAAUUAGUUUAUAG